AUGCGUCCAGAUGUGUCUAUGUGGAGUGUGUUUAUUCUUACAAUUAAGUUUCUCUUUUUCUCACUUGAUUUCUUAAUUUUCCACUCGCUCCCUCAUUCACUCAUUCAUUCAUUCUCCCUCUCUCUCGCUCUCUCAUUUUCUCAUUCUUUUUAUUUAUUCCAUUUCUUAACCUAUCUUUUAAAUUAUUCUUCUUUUAACUUCUCUCUUUCUCGAUGUCUUUGUCAAUCUCUCUUUUUUCAUUCACUUUAUUUUCUAUUCUCUUUGUUGUUCUCUUUCGCUUUCUCACUCUCACUUAAUAUCCCUCUCAUCCGUUAUUUUUGUCUUUUUCUCAGUGUCUCUCUUUCGGGUUGUCUUUGCGUAUCCCAUCCAUCUCUUUCCAAUUUUUUUACCUACCCACCUCUCUCUCUCUCUCUCUCUCUUCUCUCUCUCUUAUUUGAUCAUUCUCUUAAUUUCUCCCUUUCGUUAUCUUUGUCUUUCUAUCUAUCUAUCUAUCUAUCUAUCUAUCUAUCUAUCUCAAUCCUGCUGCUGCUGUUGCUGCUGCUGCUGCAAGCCGCAACCUUUCUCUUCUCUCCCAAACAAACCCCACCAUUCAGAAUCAACACAAAAAAAAGGAAGGGUACUAUUUAG